UAUUCCAUUAAGUUUUCUCUGUCUGUUAAUUUGUUUAUUCCGCAUGUAAUUUCAAAGUGAUAUCCCUGCUUGAGCGCCGCGCCCCCGUUAGCCGCCAUCUGCCAACAUUUUUGGCAAUACCAUUGUACUGGAAAGCAUUACAACGAAGUCCGAUACGGCGCCAUGCUAUUUUGUUAACUUAGGUUAUGGGGGCAACUUCCUAGAAUAUUCAUUUGUAAAAUAUACUAACUGUCUUAACAAAUAAAACGUACGUAGGUAAUCUUUCGACAGAAGGAGUAGCAUUCAGUAAGAAAACAUUAAAUGUUCCCGUGGAACAGUUGCAGAGUCACCCUACAAUUUUGGCCGUUUCAAACUCACUUCGGCUUGAAUGCGGUCUCCAGACUGGACGCUGAGUUAAGGUGUUUGUAAUCAGUCAGUUUCGUUUGACAUGGGUAAAAGGGCAGUGUUAAGUGUUGGUGAAAAGAAAGAUAUAUGUGCCUACAAAGAAAGAUAUCCAUGUGCAAGUCAGCAAAAUAUUGCCAACCAUUUCUCUCGUUUAUGGGGUAAACCCCUCAGUAGGCGCUGUGUUGGAGAUAUUCUCAGUGAAAGAGAGAAAUGGGAGAAUGAAAGAUGUGAAAAUAUGAAACGGUUGAAGGGCGCAAAACAUGAAGACCUUGAGGAUGCAUUAAUUAUUUGGAUAGGGCAAGUGAACGCGAGAAAUGGGACAACAACUGAUGGAGUCAUUAAGGAACAAGCAAAAGUAAUUGGACAGCAGAUGGGUGUGACAAAUUUUGUAUACAGCAGCGGGUGGUUGCAUCGAUUCAAGCGACGACAUGGACUAAGUCAGCUUAAAAAGCCUGGAGAAACAGCAAAGAUAAAUGAGGAAGUGGUUGAAGCAGGUCGACAGAGGCUUUAUGAUAUUGUUAAAGAAUAUGAUCCUAAAGACAUCUACAGCAUGGAUGAGAGUGCUCUGUUUUACCGAAUGCAACCAGACAAGACCAUUUCAGAUGGACCUGCAAAGGGGUGCAAGAAGGCAAAAGACAGGCUCACCCUUGCAUUAUGUACAAAUGCAGAUGGGAGCGACAAGAGAACUGUAACUGUGAUAGGAAAAUAUGCAAACCCACGAUGUUUUAAGAAUUUCAACCCGUCAAUUUAUGUAAAUUAUAGACAUAAUCCAAAAGCCUGGAUGACUACUGUAGAAUUUGGUGAGUGGAUUAAAGACUUUAAUAAGGAUAUGAAAAAGAAGUUGCGCAAUGUGCUGUUGCUUGUGGACAAUGCUCCUUGUCAUAAACCCACAAAUCUCAGCCAUGUAAGACUUGAAUUUUUGCCUCGUAACUGUUCUGGCUCUCUACAGCCUCUAAAUUCUGGCAUUGCCAAGAGUUUCAAAGCACAUUACAGGUGUCACCAAGUGAGGAAGAUUGUGGGGAGUAUCAACAAUGGCUCUUUGAUUCAUUUGUCACUGAAAGAUGCGCUUUAUUUAAUAAAACUUGCGUGGGAUGAAGUUUCAUCAGUAACAGUCAGCAACUGCUGGGUACACUCUGGACUUAUCAGAGGUGUGCACCGUGAUCAGCAAGACGUUCACCCAGUUGAAGAUUUACAGAUGACUAUAGAAGAUCUUCCAGUAGCUGUAACAAGAAUACAGUUGACUGCAGAAGAAUUUCUAGAAGUGGAUGCUGAAGAACCAGUGUUUUCAGAAAUGACUUCUGAAGAAAUCGUGCACUUGGCAAGGAAUGAUUCGGUUAUAACCGACAGUGAGAGUGAAGAUAAUGAUCUAGGAAAUGGUGAAAAGGUGACUUCAAAGCAGGCUCAAAUUUGUAUUGAAAAAAUUCGCAAGUACUUUGAACAGAACUCGGUCAAUAAUGGCAUAAUUCAGCACAUUGUUGCACUGGACCUUGCCAUUGGUAAAAUUAACAAGAAAAGGGAGGUUCAAACAAAAAUUGGUGGAUCUUUUCUACCAAAGAAAAUGAGAUUAUAGUAACAGAGCUGGUGUAGCUUACUGAGUCUGACCAUGAACUGAAUUACUAGGGUUCAGUCUCUGGAAGAGGAAAAGGAUUUUCUUAUAGCCUCUAUGACCAAUAACCUAAGAAU